AUGUCCCGCGCGGCCCGGGUCGUCGUCGACCGCGUCGCGUCGCUCCGGGAGGAAGAAGAGUCCAAGGUCCACGGGCCCGAGCGAGGCACGGGUCGUAGCUGGCGUGGUGCUCCACCCGUCACCGGGAUCAAACAACGGGCGGCGCAAGCGUUGCGACACACGUUCGUGCGUCUGCUACCCGAGCCCGCGGCGCUCCGGGAAAUCAUUGAACGCCGCAACACCACGACGUUCUCCAGCUUCAACGAGCCCCUCGUGCUCAUGAAGAAGCACUUGCCAAUCCAGCCCGUGGCCGCGAAAGUGCCCGUGUGGCUCAAGGGCAGCGCGCUCUUCAUCCGCCGAGGCCGUGAACGUUUCUUCUCGGUCACCAACAGCGACGUGUGGAUGAUCAUCAAGACCAACGACGGGUCGCUUGUGUUUUCGACAAUGGACCACGAGAAGUGCUCGGAGAUGCUCAACAAAUCCGUCGAGCUCUUCGCUGAGACGUACACAUUCACGGCCUCGGCGGAUGAAGAGCGCGCUGCCUUGAGCCACAUGGGCACUUUCGAGGCCACGGGCUGGCUCGUCCUUGGGUUCAAGAAAGGGCAGGACGUCUCGCGCUCGUGA